AUGAUGAAGCCGAGUAACGAGAAUACCGUGGAAUCAAUGAGCGACAAGUCUAUCCUAGAGAAGGUACUUGGACGCAACUCUGUUCGUUUGUCAGGGUGGGGACGUGAUCCUGUUGGUAUUAGUAACACCACGAGUACUAAUAAGAAUUCAAAGCGCCCUACUUAUGAUGAAUUAGUGGAUGAUACUCAAAAUUUGAAAAGAAGAUGUGCAAUUAUGGAACAAUUGUUGAUUGAGAAAAACAUCAUGCCUCCUCCUUCAAGUACAUCAGCAGGACUAUCCGAAGGUGAUACAUUUGACUGUGAUACAUCUACCCACUCCCAGUAUGGACAUUCUCAUGGUGAGAAUAUUGAUGAGCUUGAUCAUAUGGAAUGA